GUGUCCGCCCAGUACAUCUCGAAGGUGACGGACAUCGAAGCUCGAAACAGGGAGUGUCUCCAGCGCAUGCGGGGGCCGGCCGACGAGUUCGAAAAUCUGCUCCACCCCGUCUUUCAGGAGGAUGCCGGGGCCAAAGAAGGCCGUGGGCAUCUGGACCCCUCAGAGGCGCUCUCCUUGGGAGGCUAUGAGGCUAUGCGUGUGCUGAGGAGUGGAUCUUGA